AUGGCGAAGGGAGGACAAUGCUUGUUCGAGAAGCUUUGGAGGUGUAUCCGGACGGUUUUCUUUGUUUUUGUAUUGGUGGUGUCGCUGGUUGUUACGUCGCUUCCGGUGGUUGUUGCGGUGGUGGAUGUUCUUGUUCCGUGCGUUCUGAUCUCGAAUUUUACUUGUGUUAAUUGCUACGGUUUCAAGGAGCUUUUUCGACGUUACUCUUUCAAGAGUUCGUUGACGGAUAUUCCUCUCGUUUCACUCAUACGAUCCUUCAUCAUUAUAUGUGUUUAUUCUAUUUGUGAUGGACCUGCUCUUUCACACGGUCCUUACCUUGGAACUGUGACUCUGUGUUCUUUUUCCUCAAUUGUUCUCCUUUCAGUCAAAGCUUGUGUUUUCACUGUAAAUUCACAGAUACAAGCUGAAGCUUCAGUAGCUUCUUUAAAAAGGCAGAGACUUCAUUUGAAGAGGUCAUGGGGAAUGCCUGUUUUGUUUCUUUCGUCUGUUGUGUUUGCUCUUGGCCAUACUGUUGUUGCUUAUAGAACCAGCUGUAGAGCUCGGAGAAAGCUCUUGUUUCAUCGCGUUGACGCUGAAUCUGCCUUAUCAUGCAAAAGUGCUUUCUGCGGCUAUCCGAAGGUCCCACGUUCUCCUACUCCUUCUGGGGGCAGAACUCCAAAAAGUGACAGUGAAAUGAGGCGGAGACCUUUUGGGAAUGCUCGUGACGAAGAAUUACAGGCCAGAUUACUUGCAGACUCAGACAGCUUUUUUGUUACUUGUCAAGGACUUCCUCUUCAUUACAGGCUCAGCUUGCCUGGUUCACCUCCACAUACUUUGUCAUCAGCAUCAUGCGUUGAACCGAAUUCUAGUUACUGCACUUCAUCAAUGGCUGGAGGGUUGGAGAAAUUGGAUAGACGUUGCCUAGAUAUGUCUCCGAAGAUAGAGCCACAUCUACACAGGAGCUAUAGCAAUAAUCUCAAGGGAUCAUCUCUAUACGCCCCUCUAUUAGUUAGUACUACAACUUCAGUUUUUUCUGAAGAUAUUCCUAUUUUUCAUCUAGAUGGUAUUUGUGAAGAGGAAACUAGUAAAUUGGAUUCUUUAUCUCCGGGGCAAAGUAUUAGCCAAUUAGGUGUUGUUUUAAUACAUGGGUUUGGUGGAGGAGUUUUCUCUUGGAGGCAUGUUAUGGGGUCUCUAGCUCGUGAGAUUAAUUGCACUGUUGCUGCAUUCGAUCGCCCUGGUUGGGGAUUAAGUUCAAGACCGCGUCGGGAGGACUGGGAAGAAAAGGAUUUGCCUAAUCCUUAUAAACUUGAAACUCAGAUUGAUUUGCUUUUAUCAUUCUGUUCUGAGAUUGGAUUUUCGUCAGUGGUAUUAAUUGGUCACGAUGAUGGAGGAUUGCUUGCUCUUAUGGCUGCACAAAGAGUUCAAACAUCAAUGAAUUAUCGUAACGUAACUAUCAAAGGGGUUGUGUUGCUAAAUGUUAGCUUGUCAAGGGAAGUGGUUCCUUCCUUUGCAAGAAUCCUCUUGCAUACCUCACUUGGGAAGAAGCAUAUGGUUCGUCCUCUACUAAGGAUGGAAAUCACUCAAGUGGUGAAUCGGCGUGCUUGGUAUGAUGCUACCAAAUUGACUUCAGAAGUUUUGGAUCUCUAUAAGGCUCCACUAUCUGUUGAAGGAUGGGAUGAAGCUGUUCAUGAGAUUGGUAAAUUGUCAUCUGAAACCAUCCUUUCAGCAAAAAAUGCAGAAUCAUUGCUACAAGCUGUAGAAGACAUUCCGGUGUUAGUUAUUGCAGGAGCUGAAGAUUCUCUCGUCUCUUUGAAAUCUUGUCAAGCUAUGGCCUCAAAACUUGAAAAUUCUAGACUAGUUGCAAUAUCUGGAUGUGGUCAUUUACCUCAUGAAGAAUGUCCAAAGGCUUUGCUUGCAGCUAUAUCACCCUUCGUUAAUAGACUCCUGUCAGCAUUUGACUCUCAGAGCCAAUAA